UAUGUUUUUAUCCUUUUUCAAACAUUCGUAGCGGGGAUAGAUAUUUGAUUUCAAUACUUUUCACCGAGCUGUUCACUUCGCUCCUGUGGUCGUGAUAUUACACUUAGAAUCUUUUGCUUUCUGGAUAAAUGCAGGCAUUGAACGACGAAGUUAUCAGCUAAAUCAUCCGUUGAAUCAACCUUGGCAAAGAUUGAUCCAUCUGAAAGGCUUCCGAACAAUCAUCAAGUACGCUCGUGGUAAUGACGUCAUGUAAACUCUAGGUUUAUAAAAGCAAAAAAGCAAAUACACAAAGGACGGACAAAAAGAUAUAAUUUUGACACAAAAGCGCAAAUUGAUGAAUACACAUUGUAAAUAGAACACUGAAAAGAUCUUUAUAUGAAAUUUAAUACAGAUCAAAUAACCUAUAGCGGCUUUUUAAAUAGUCAUUAUGAAAAGACCGUCGCGCAUGCGCCUGAAAGAUAAUCUAGCUAUUAUGGAUUCGUCUGCUUUCGAAGUUUUUUCGGUGUCUUCAGAUAGUAUCGACAGCCCGUAUGGGAAACGACUCUCUAACACCGGCCUCGUUUCUGAAAAGUAUAAUAGAACAGUUAAAUUCAUAAUACCAGAAAAGGAUAAAUUAAAACUAAAGGAUAUUAAUGAAACCAAGUUAAAUAAUGGAUUAAAAAUUACACAAGAAAAUGCUGCAGAGAGUAACGGGGAUUUUUCUGUCCUCAGCAGGCGGAGAAUGAGUGCUCCCGAGCUACCUCCAAUUGCACAUGUUGGAAAAACAUCCACCCUUGUUAGUAACGGAUUUAUUUCCCAAAGAAGUAAUACAUUUCAUAAAUUAACUCUUAGAACUGGAAGAAAAAGUAUCCAUAGUGAUUCAUCAGUGCAAGGGUACAGACUAAAUUCUCAGAGUCGGACAUCGUCUUCAUCUAGUCAGAAGAGUAAAGGAAGAGUUCUCUCAGCUGGUACAGAGAGACGGUCAUACAAACAAAUCAUUACUGCUGAUUUAACAAAGACGAUACAGCAAAUUUCCGGUGUGAAAGACGAGAGUACAGUCAUGCGGAACGGUGCGAGCACAGCUGUACCACACCGUUGUACUUCCGUAACUGGACUGGACCGCCAGAAAUCAAAAUACAGCCUUAAAGAAACAGUGUCUACACCUCGAACCCUUCCGAAGAGUAGAAGUGAAGCACAACUUACAGGGCGUAGACGUAGCAUUGAUGGAAAUAUUAAUUUGCCUAGAAACGGGUCAGAUAAAAGUUUGACAGAUAGCAAGAAAAACGCUAAAAAUAGUCAAAACAAUAAGGUGACAUCGCAAAAGUAUAGAAUUAAUGGGAUGCGACAUUAUGCCUCCUCAAAUGCAUUGAAUAUCAAGGACGAAAAACAAAACGAGGGCGAUGAAACUUACGUUGAUUCAGAUACCGAUAGUGAAAAGGACCAGCGUGUUAUUGACUGGAUUAUAGGUGUGAACGACGUGGCGGAGCCCCCCGAGGAACCGCUUAUUGAACAUGCUGACGAGCCACCGCAACGGGAUACAGCAAUAAGAAUCGUUUACGAAGGUGACUCUUGAUAACUGUUCAUAACCGUUGUACUUAAUUAUACGUCAGGUAUGACGUCAUUUUAAACCACGUAACUCAGAAAAACGCCGGCACCGAGCUGCCAUACGCGUAUUUCGCAACGAAAACAGACGAGUUGUGUGAUAAAGUCGCUCUCGAAAGCGUUGACAAGCACAAUUAUGAGUUACAUAUUGUACAAUAUUGUUCCAGUUUUUAUAACAGACUGUCCAAAUACUUCGAAAUUCUAAUCAAAGGGAUAUAAUAUAAUAUAUUAGAAUGACGUUAUAUAAAUUACCACGUGUUCGGUUUACGAUGCUUAAAACAAUAUAAUUAUAAAUAUAUCGGACUGCGUGAAUCUUACAUGUAAAAUAUUGUAAACGUAAACAUGGCAUUAUAUAAUGUUGAUCAAACGUAACAGUAACUGUUAUGAUUUAAUUAAGACAGUUAUUGACUAUAAACUUAUAAUAAAAAAAAGUUUGACUUCUAAAAUCCUACGAGUAAAACCCAUGAAAAUCCAUCAUGUUUUGUAAUCGUGCGCUAAUAUUUUUAUAAAAAAUAGUUCUCAAAUUAACAUGCAUGAAUAGCAAUCUGGUAUCGAUUUUUCACCAAGAUUUAAUGCAAGUCAUUUAUUCUUUAAACCCUUUUGAAAUUAUUUGACAUUGAAAUCAAAUGCGAUUUACAUAAGCUUUAUUUGAUUUUUGUCAAAUACGCCAGAAAACCAUAUCCUAUUAAGUAACAUAAAGUCUAAGGAACUUUUUUCAGCGUUUUCUAUUUCUUUUCCAAAGAGCAUAUUGAAAUGAUUACGUCACAAUCAAUGCUUCAGGGCAAUAGCAAUUUGAAAAUUUAUAAAACGGGAAUUUUUAUAAAAAUUAUCAAACAAUGUUCAGUCCUUAGUUAAGUUCGUUAUAAUAUGAAGAAAGUCGUAAGCUAUCAAAAAUUCAUGAGGUCGAGCUGUUCAAUAAACUGUAUAUAGUUUUAACUCUUAUAUUUACAUAAACCGUCCAUAUUAUUUGUUUUAGUCGAUUCCUUGACAGUGUAUAUUUCAUUCAUAAGUGAUACGUUACCCAUACAAUAGAUACAAAAUAUUGACAAAAUAACAUAACAUUUUAGUCCGUUGACAUUUGACCAUUAUCUUAAAUGGUGAAAACGCGACCUGUCCCUACGAGGACAAACAUCUAAGGUAUACAGACAAAAUUAAACAUUUAUCAUGGCGACACAUUUUAUAUUGAUUCAGUGCGAGAUAUAAGUUUUUCCCAAUAUCCAGAUAGGCUUAGAUAAUAGUAUUUCAAGUAAAUCAAGGAGAGUCGUGGGGUAACUCAAAUCAUGAAAUAUUAAAUGGUUGUUGGCCAAUCAGGAGUUGUAUUUGAACGAUUGUCUGCUCUCUAAUACUGAAAUAAUCCACCUAAAAACUUCAAAUGUUGAGGACGAACACGUUGGAAAUGAAAAAGAAAACUACAGUAUUAAGUGAAAAAACAAAUAAAUUUUACAAUAUAAAAAUGCAUUUUUUUGUAAUUCAUUGGUAGCAGUUUAAAAAGUGCUUGGAUAAGUAGGGUAUAUCGUGCCUUAAAAAGGUGUUUUCGUUAUAUUGCACGCAUUUAGUGUGAUCAUAAAAAUCAUAGUUAUAUAAUAAUACUGAUUUUUACCAUUUGUACCUUGUUAAUUCGUUUCACCUAGUAACCCAUGCUGAACUUCCUAAUGUAUGAGACAAACAAUGUAUCUUUUCGUCUGUAACAAAUUUAAAGCUAUAUUUGGCAGUAAGAGUCGACAUAAUGACAUUUAAAGUGGCAUUGUCUUUGUUUGAGACCAGUGAUUGCAACAUUUUGUUUCAACUUACAAAAGCGUUCAAUUAUUUAUUUGUCUAUAUUUUAGUCCUUCGCAAUGUCAAUAUAGAUACCAUUGGAACACCGCGACACGGAGUAUCAAAUUCUAAAGAAAGAAAUUAAGCGUAAUAGCUUUCUUUUCACCUAACAGCAAUUUGUCUUUCUAAUGAGGUAUAAAUUACUUCUCAAUUUUCUAUUUAUAACUCGACAGUGAACUUAACUUGUCGAAAGACACGAGAAUGACCUAGCGAAUGUACCUUAAAACCUUUCGAGAAUAUUUUUACCAUUAAAGACGCGUGUGUUCUACAAACAUAUGCAAUUCAUACUUUGUUGAUUUCAGUAUCUUUUUUUUUUUCUCGAUUGUAACGGUUUUCGUUUAAAAACAUCUUAGCUUUAAAAAUAUAAUAUUUUAAUUAAUGUAACUGUAUAUCAAACAGCCCGCAAGCUACGAAAAUUGGGCUUCAUUUAUAAGAAUAAAAUUGUUAGAAAUUAGUUCAGAUGUUAAGAUAUGUAAUAUGUAAAAUCUGUGCUAACAGGUCAUCCCUGAACCAGGUCCAUAUAACUGUAAAGUCCGCUAAUUACAUUUUCGAUUUAGAUAUUUACAGUUUGGAAAUAAUCUUUGAUCUUCAUAAAAUGGCAUAUAUUAUGUUAUCCCAACUUCUACGCAGUUUUUUGUGUAAUAGAGUCGUUUCAUUAUAUACAUGGUACUAGUAAAAUGUGCAUAUAUAGGAGAUGUAGAUGCUUUUUAUUAAACUGCUGGCCUUUUCAAACUUCUGGAGAUAUACAUAGAGAAAAAAAAUACAUCAUGAUUUAUGCAAAGUCAAAUAUUCAGCAUGUUUGUAAUUAUAAUACCAUGUUUUGUUUACUCACAGAAUGCAUUUAAAAUAAGAAAAGAAGACAAAAUAUUGAAAAGAAGUAGCAGUGUGUAUUUCCAGAAGUUUGGAGAGAGUCUUUUAUUGCUUUAGAUCAUGAUGAUAGGAGGGAGUUUAAAUACUCUCACUGAAUAAUGCACGUGUUAUUCCUUAAAAAUCUAAAACAGUCGGAACGUCAUAUAUGGAAAAAUAACAAAAACAGGAACAGUUCGGAAUUUAUGAUUUAGGUGUACCAAAAUUUUCGAAACAAAUCAACAGACAUUUUACAGUUUGAUAAGAUCAUUUGAUAGAGUUUUCGGUUUGUUCUAGUCUUAUUUUAAGAGGAACAAAUCUGUUUAUGCGCAUACACGCUUGCAAACAAAGGAUAUAUGUAUGCAUAUAAGGAAAAUUUUUACCUAUGGAUGGAUGAAGCGUUAUUCAUAAUCUCCUUGAAGUUGUCUUGUAGUCUUCUGACCUUGACAUUUGAUACAAACAUUCUCAGAAUAGUUUAAUUUUCAUUUUAGUUUUUAUCUACUACUAGAUUUAAAACAUCUUUCAAAAUAAGCUCUACACAAUUUGUUUUCAAAUUCAGUAUUUUGUAAAUCGUUCUUAAAGACCCGUGUGGUAUUUAAAUAUGUUUGUAUCUUUUGUCAGAAAUAAUAAAGAUUGAAAAUCUUUCUAUCUUAGAUGGCUAAAUUCUUUAUGUUAACCUGUUGAACAGUACACUAAUAUUAAACUAUUUAUUUCGAUAAGUUCUGAUUAUUCGACGUGCCAAUGUCAUUUUUGGACUGUGUGUUGUAUGUAUACUGCUAGUCAUAGAUUGUACUGUAGUUUGAAAUAAAACUCGUUUUAUGAGUUAUGCUUAAAGAAUAUAUGAAAUGUAACAAUUGUUAUAGUGACUGUCUAACACAACACUUUACAUUCCACUUUGAAAGUAGUACUUUUUUGACAUGGUUUCUAUUUUAGAUUUAUUGACAAUGAUAUAAUAUGUAUGUACAUAACUUGAAAAAACUACUGUCACUUUGUAAAUAUCUCUUCUAAAUUAUUGUCGAUGGUCUUUAAUUUGUUCAGUCUUUUUAGUUCAAUGUGACGUCAGUUAUGACGUCCUUCGUGACGUUUUAUGUUGAGAAAAUAGUGAUACAUGAACACUUUGAUACUAUAAAUAAUGCGUCGUCCAUUGAUCGCACUAAAUGUCACAAGUGAUGACUGACAUAAAGUUGUGUAAAAUGACAUCUAUUACGUACACUAGCCCUGCAAGAAAUUAUAAAGACAUGUAUAUAGCGUACAGGAGAGAGAAUGUCAAAAUCAGAGGUCACUUGCUGGCACGUGGCUUUUGUUUUGAACUGAAAAGCAAUAUGUACAAACAAUUGUUUUAUAUUGUACUGUUUCGAAUGAGUUAUUGUAAUUAACAUUUCAUUUCGUUUAAUUGUGUGAUGAGGUAACUUAAUUGAAGGAAGGUGAAAUAAAAUAUUCUAACAUAAUUAUGCAUUAUUUGAAAUAAUUGAUCAGCCAUCUACAAUAUUUGACUUAUUCAGUACAGUUUGAUACUUUGUGCUUUACAUAGCAGACAUAUAAAAUGCAACAAGUAGAAUAUUACAGUUUCUUCGACGAUUUGCUGUCUGUGUUUUGAAUACCUGUGAUAUCAUCUUAAUGUUUAUUUAAGCUUUUUUGUACUUUUUGUUACACGAUGUUAAAGUUAUUGUUAAGAAUCUUUUAAUAAAUUAUGACAAUCUUUGAUUAUAAUAAAAUACGCUCAAACAUG